AAAAAAGCUCGCCUGGGCCUUUACUGCCCACAGAGGGAUUCCACGGUCACGGCUGUGUUAGAUCCACAAUCCACACAUGGUCUGAAGAAAGGAGCGGCUUGAUUAUCUCUACCUUGCAGAUGAGGAAUAUGAAGCUCAGGGAAGUCGAGUGACUUGCCCAAGGGCACGCAGCCAGUGAGUGAGGAUGGAUGGAUCGUCUCCCCCCACUCCCGUGCUCUCCGGCCUUGCCUGCAGCCCCCUUCCUCUGCGCCCGUGAUCUGCUGGUCUCUGGCCCAAGGAAUUGCUGGAGAACCCUGCCUGUUCUCCUAGCUCUCCCAUGCAAUGUGUCUAAGUCUGCUUCCAGCUGGCCUCUUCGGUGGCCCGUUCCUGUCCUCAUUCCCAGGUGUUUUAUUGACACUUGGCACCCUGCCGCCCAGCCCAGCUGUGCCCAACACUGGUGGGGCAGGGGCCUGAGCAGCCAUCAUGGAAGUGAUGAACCUGAUUGAACAACCCAUCAAAGUGACUGAGUGGCAACAGACAUACACCUAUGACUCUGGCAUUCACUCGGGUGCCAACACCUGUGUGCCCUCCGUCAGCAGCAAGGGCAUCAUGGAAGAGGAUGAGGCCUGCGGGCGCCAGUACACGCUCAAGAAGACCACCACCUAUACCCAGGUGCCCCAGAGCCAAGGUGACCUGGAGUACCAAAUGUCCACGACGGCCAGAGCCAAGCGGGUGCGGGAGGCCAUGUGUCCCGGCGUGACAGGCGAAGACAGCUCGCUGCUACUGGCCACCCAGGUGGAAGGGCAGACCACCAACCUGCAGCGGCUGGCCGAGCCGUCCCAGCUGCUCAAGUCAGCCAUCGUACAUCUCAUCAACUACCAGGACGAUGCCGAGCUGGCCACCCGGGCCCUGCCUGAACUCACCAAACUGCUCAAUGAUGAGGACCCGGUGGUGGUGACCAAGGCAGCCAUGAUUGUGAACCAGUUGUCCAAGAAAGAGGCGUCGCGGCGGGCGCUGAUGGGCUCGCCCCAGCUGGUGGCAGCCGUGGUGCGUACUAUGCAGAACACCAGUGACCUGGACACAGCCCGCUGCACCACCAGCAUCCUGCACAACCUCUCCCACCACCGCGAGGGGCUGCUUGCCAUCUUCAAGUCGGGCGGCAUCCCUGCCCUGGUCCGCAUGCUCAGCUCCCCGGUGGAGUCGGUCCUGUUCUACGCCAUCACCACGCUGCACAACCUGCUGCUGUACCAGGAGGGCGCCAAGAUGGCGGUGCGCCUGGCAGAUGGGCUGCAGAAGAUGGUGCCCCUCCUCAACAAAAACAACCCCAAGUUCCUGGCCAUCACCACCGACUGCCUGCAGCUCCUGGCUUAUGGCAACCAGGAGAGCAAGCUCAUCAUCUUGGCCAAUGGAGGACCCCAGGCCCUUGUGCAGAUCAUGCGCAACUACAGCUAUGAGAAGCUGCUCUGGACCACCAGCCGUGUGCUCAAGGUGCUGUCUGUGUGUCCCAGCAAUAAGCCUGCCAUCGUGGAGGCUGGUGGGAUGCAGGCCUUGGGCAAACACCUGACAAGCAACAGCCCCCGCCUUGUACAGAACUGUCUCUGGACCUUGCGCAACCUCUCGGAUGUGGCCACCAAACAGGAGGGCCUGGAGAGCGUCCUGAAGAUCCUGGUGAACCAGCUGAGUGUGGACGACGUCAACGUCCUCACCUGUGCCACGGGCACUCUAUCCAACCUGACGUGCAACAACAGCAAGAAUAAGACGCUGGUGACCCAGAACAGCGGCGUGGAGGCUCUCAUCCAUGCCAUCCUGCGGGCUGGCGACAAGGACGACAUCACGGAGCCCGCCGUCUGUGCCCUGCGCCACCUCACCAGCCGCCACCCGGAGGCCGAGAUGGCCCAGAACUCUGUGCGCCUCAACUACGGCAUCCCGGCCAUUGUCAAGCUUCUCAACCAGCCCAACCAGUGGCCACUGGUCAAGGCAACCAUCGGCCUGAUCAGGAAUCUGGCUCUGUGCCCAGCAAACCAUGCCCCACUGCAGGAGGCAGCAGUUAUUCCCCGCCUUGUCCAGUUGCUGGUCAAGGCUCACCAGGAUGCCCAGCGUCAUGUGGCUGCAGGCACACAGCAGCCCUACACGGACGGUGUGAGGAUGGAGGAGAUUGUGGAGGGCUGCACUGGAGCCCUGCACAUCCUCGCCCGGGAUCCCAUGAACCGCAUGGAGAUCUUCCGACUCAACACUAUACCCCUGUUUGUACAGCUCCUGUACUCGUCAGUGGAGAACAUCCAGCGCGUGGCUGCCGGGGUGCUGUGUGAGCUGGCCCAGGACAAGGAGGCAGCUGAUGCAAUUGAUGCUGAGGGGGCCUCAGCUCCACUCAUGGAGCUACUGCACUCCCGCAACGAGGGCACCGCCACCUACGCUGCGGCUGUCCUGUUCCGCAUCUCCGAGGACAAGAACCCAGAUUACCGUAAACGCGUGUCUGUGGAGCUCACCAACUCCCUCUUCAAGCAUGACCCAGCUGCGUGGGAGGCUGCCCAGAGCAUGAUCCCCAUCAAUGAGCCCUAUGCAGAUGACAUGGACGCCACCUACCGCCCCAUGUACUCGAGUGAUGUGCCCCUGGACCCCCUGGACAUGCACAUGGACAUGGACGCGGACUAUCCCAUCGACACUUACAGCGACGGCCUGAGGCCCCCCUACCCCACGGCGGACCAUAUGCUGGCCUAGCUGGCUGCACUCCAGUACGGCACCUUCCUGCUUGCAGGCUUCCCCCAUGCCUGGGGCCUCUGGGCCAUUGAGACAUGCUUUUCUUCCCCGCUAGAACCUGCUUCUCACAAAGGCCCUGUCAUCUUUCCUUUGAAACCUUGGCCCUUUUCUGGGGGAAGUGAGUGUGGGGCCUUUUGCCAUUGAGCUCCCCUGAGGAAGGUGUGCCUUGGCCUGCCUCACUCCCUUGUCUUGCUGGGGGCAGGUGGGUAGUGGGUGGGUGACACGGAGGUGGCACAAGCUCCUGGAGGCCAUAGGCCUGCCCUGACCCCUCUGUGUAUAACCCCCCCUCCCCCAGGUGCGGUUCCUCAUCUGAGAGGCUCUCCAUGUGGGCGAUAGGGCGAGACAGGAAAGUGCCUGAGCCCAGGGGAGCAGGGCCACGACUUCUCGCUACGACUUCUCGCCGGCCCAUGCCUCCAGACGUCCUCUAUAGGGUCUUUCUAGGGAUGCUCCUGCUUUUCUGUCCUAGGCUGUGGGUCCAGGGCCCAACACCCCCUCCCACCUCUGUGACCCUGGCACUAAAGCUUUAGACUCAACCACCCACUCUCUUCCCCCACCCAGUAAUCACUCCCCACUCCCACCCCCACCCUGGGUGGCCUGACUCCAGCAACCCGGGCCCCUCAGAGCUUUGGUUCCUUCUCUGGGCCUGAUUUUCUCACUGAACUCCAACCCACCAACUGUUCUGAGACCCUGGGGUGGCCAGAACCCAGGUUCAAUGCUCAAAGUCCCAGAAUCCAAAGCUUGUUUGAGAAGUUCAGGGAUGGACCAGGGAGAUGGGACGGAGAUGAGGACACUGCUUGCUCCCCUCUCAAGGAUGCUCAGCUGGCUUUGGCCCCUGCUUGGGAGCUCUGGGGACAGCUCCCUCUCACCCCAUCCCACCCCAUCCCACCCACACAACCGCCCUAGCUGACUCCUGAGAAGUGCUCUUGGCUGACCCCUCUGGUGUGCGGUGAGGGGCUUUCUCUUCCCCUUCCUGUUUCAAACCCUCCACCACCUCCUCACGUGGGUGUGGGGGGCUGGGGGUGGUCCCAGCAGAGAGUUUUAUUAUUCUCGCUUUAUGUUUUUGGUUAUUGGUUUUUUUUUGUAUAGACCAAAGCAAAGAAAAUAAAACUAACACAUAGA